CUGCAAUGGGGGGCCACUAAAAUCAAUACUUAUAUCGGGGCGCUUAUGCUAUCGUCCUUGGAUCAAGGAGCUUGACGCGAUCAUCCUUGUGGCGAUAACCUUAAAUUUUAAGCCUCUGCUCUUAUCGAUAACGGGAUAACCAGAAAAUCUCACGACGCGUGAGAGCAAUGGUGGGGGACGCUCAUAGCGAUCAGUCAUAGCCAGCUUGGGGAUUUUUUUCCACUCACCAACAACAGUUGCCACCAUUCGGCAAGCUCGUUGCCAAGAUGCCGUUCAUAGAUGAUGGGUUCGAGGCUCUCACCAAGCCUUUCUAUAAUGGCAAGAAGCUGACAGAUCCCAUCUCUGCCGUUGAGGACAAGAAUCAGCUGCUUCCAGCCUUCUUGAAGGUGAAAGGUCUUGUGAAACAACAUAUCGACUCGUACAACUACUUCGUCGACCAUGAAAUCAAAGAAAUCGUGAAAGCCAACCGAAUAGUGAAAAGUGAUGUUGACAGCAGUUUCUGGGUUGAAUUUCUUGACAUAAGGGUUGAGAGUCCAGAGAGUGUCGGUCAGAAUGCCACGAACCCCAAAGUGACUCCGCAAGAAUGCCGCUUAAGAGAUGCGACAUACUCUGCGCGCAUUCUUGUUGAUGUCGCAUAUACUCGAGAGAGGCAAAAGAUCAUCCGUCGCAAUGUCGAGCUUGCUCGCAUGCCUGUGAUGCUGCGGAGUAACAAGUGUCACCUCUAUGGGGCAAAUAACGCCAAGAUGGAAAUCAUGAACGAGUGUCCACUAGAUCCUGGUGGAUAUUUCAUCGUACGAGGAACGGAAAAGGUCAUUCUCAUCCAAGAACAACUCAGCAAGAACCGUGUCAUCAUAGAAACCGAUGAUAAGAAUAAUAUCAUCACGGCAUCCGUCACUAGUUCCACACACGAAAGAAAGUCUAAGACCUAUGUUACUCUGAAGAAAGAGCGGAUCAAUCUCCAGCACAACGUUUUAUCCGAGCCCAUACCAAUUGUUAUUAUCCUUAAAGCCCUCGGCGGCCUCACAGACUUCGAAAUCAUGCAGCUGGUCUGUGGCUCGGACGCUAGGUAUCAGGACGAUUUUGAGAUCAACUUUUCUGAGGCGGUGGUGGCCGAGGUUUUCACACAGCAACAAGCACUAGAAUAUAUAGGUGCGAGAGUGAAAAUGGGAAUGAAAGGAAGGCCAGCUAGAGGUGGCCCCCUCCAGCCACGCCGUAGUCUCAUCGAAGAGGGUCUUGAUGCUUUAGCCAACAUUGUCAUCGCGCAUAUUCCAGUCGAGGGCUUGGAUUUCCACCCUAAGGCUAUUUAUGUUGCCAUGAUGACACGUCGAGUCUUAAUGGUUCGUCACAACCCCAAACUGGUGGAUGAUAGAGAUUUUGUGGGAAACAAACGUUUUGAACUUGCAGGCCAGCUUCUCUCACUACUCUUCGAAGAUCUGUUCAAGAACUUCUUGAGCUCACUCAAAUUUGACAUUGAGAACACACUUAGGAAACAGCAUCGCGCUGUUGCAGCAGACCCUCUCUUGAAGAUAGGAUCUCAGGGCAAGCAUAUCACAGAUGGGUUAAAUCGUGCAAUACAGACAGGAAACUGGACUGUUCAACGAUUUAGAAUGAACCGAGCCGGUGUUACCCAUGUGUUGAGCAGACUCAGUUACAUAGCCGCACUAGGAAUGAUGACUCGUAUAAGCAGUCAAUUUGAGAAGACUCGCAAAGUCAGUGGACCCCGUGCUCUCCAGCCGUCACAAUGGGGUAUGCUCUGUCCAUCUGAUACUCCCGAAGGCGAGGCAUGUGGCCUAGUGAAGAAUCUGGCAUUAAUGACACAUAUCACUACCGAUGCCGAUGAAACUCCUAUCAAGCGAUGGGCUUUUACUCUGGAUCCCCCAGCAGAGCCUCUACGAAACUUUUCUGGUGCAGAGAUGCACAAGAAAGGUACAUUCGUCGUCCACAUCAACGGAACGCCUUUUGCUCUUACCCGAUUUCCGAAGAAAUUCGCCGCUAACUUCCGCACUAUGAGACGACGUGGCUGGAUAUCUCCAUUCGUCAGCAUUAACGUCAACGAGAAUCUAUCAGCUGUACAUAUUGCCACGGACGAAGGCCGAAUUUGUCGACCAUACAUUAUUGUGAAGAACGGAAAGCCCAGAAUAAAAGAGAGUCAGCUGAGGAUGUUACAAGCUGAGAAAAUCACCUUCGAUGACUUUUUACGGAACGGUGUCGUUGAGUAUCUCGAUGCAAAUGAAGAAAACGAUACUCUCAUUGCUGGCACUGAGAAAGAUAUCACCAAAGCGACUACCCAUCUUGAGAUUGAGCCCUUCACAUUGCUCGGGGCUGUUGCCGGCCUUAUCCCCUUCCCGCACCAUAACCAAUCCCCCCGAAAUACAUAUCAGUGUGCUAUGGGUAAACAAGCGAUUGGAGCUAUUGCCUAUAAUCAAUUCAACCGUAUCGACACACUGCUUCUAACUAUGGUAUACCCUCAACGACCGAUGGUUAUUAGUAAGACAAUAGAACUUAUUCACUACGACAAACUCCCUGCAGGUCAGAACGCUACCGUUGUCGUCAUGUCCUACUCUGGGUACGAUAUUGAAGACGCCCUCGUACUUAAUAAGGCGUCUUUGGACCGUGGUUUUGGACGCGCCCAAGUUUUCAAGAAAUACUCUGCCGAUCUCCAAAGAUAUGCCAAUGGGACUCGAGAGCGCAUUGGAGACAAAGAUCCCGAACUUGAUAAGAACAAGGCUUUGUCCAAAGAUGGCCUCGCAGAUGUUGGAUGGAUGGUAGAAUCAGGCCAGGUCAUGAUCAAGAAAGAGAGCCCGCAAGACACCGUCACCUCAACUAUAGGAAUGGAACGCAGGGUAGAAGCAUUCCGUGAAACACCCAUCUCCUAUAAGGCUGCAGAUCCAGCCUAUAUCGACAAGGUCAUGAUUACCCAAACAGAUAGGGAAACACAGCUUAUCAAAGUCCAGACUCGGCAAACACGGCGACCUGAGAUAGGUGACAAAUUCUCAUCCCGUCACGGACAGAAGGGUGUGGUUGGUAUUAUAGUAGACCAAGAAGACUUGCCCUUUUCAGAUGCAGGAAUAGUCCCUGAUAUUAUCAUGAACCCCCACGGUUUCCCCUCGCGAAUGACAGUUGGAAAGCUGCUAGAAUGCCUGACUGGAAAAGCAUCCAUUGUCAAGGGGCGAAGAGAUUAUGGUUAUGGAGAUGCCUUCCGCUCACAUCCUCUCGAAGCAAUGAGUGCCGAAUUGGUUGACGCAGGCUUUUCUUGGGAAGGGAAAGAUUACUUCACCUCAGGCAUCACGGGCGAACCCUUACACGCGUACAUCUUCAACGGCCCCAUUUAUUACCAGCGACUUAAGCACAUGGUUCAAGACAAGAUGCACUCGCGUUCGCGUGGACCUCGGGCUAUCCUCACCCGCCAGCCCACAGAAGGAAGAUCGCGAGACGGUGGAUUGCGUCUGGGAGAAAUGGAACGUGACUGUCUCGUCGCCUACGGCGCCUCACAGCUUCUCCUCGAACGUCUCAUGACUAGCUCCGACGCCGUCACACUCGAUGUGUGCCAGCGCUGCGGUCUGUUCGGAUCUAAGGGCUACUGCAAUACGUGUCGGUCUAGCCAGGAGGUUGCUAAGAUGACGAUGCCGUAUGCUGCGAAGCUCCUGGUGCAGGAGUUGGUCAGUAUGAAUGUUGGUGUACGACUACAGUUGGAAGAUGAGUUCCCUCACCCGAGGUGAUAGCCUGGCAUAACGGCUAUAUCGUCGUUUGUUGUCUUGUUUUUAGCAUUAGGUGGCGUUCUCUGGAGUAGGCAUCUUUCAUAGCAUAUUGAGAGCGCGGAGUGGCUUGAAUGUAUUUAACGGCUCUUGCAUUAAGGUGCGAGAGCAAUUAAAAAAAAAACAGUUGGUUAUAACACGAUCGCAGUGUUAUUAUUUAUCUCAAUGGAUUGAGAU